GCCUCCCUCGCCGCCCGGGGUCUGGCGAGCCCGCGCCGGUCGAGCUGCGAGAGCCGCCGAGAGCACCGCCGCCGCCGCCGCAGCCCCGGGAGCUGCUCCGGCCGCACCAUGCGGGAGCUGGCCAUCGAGAUCGGGGUCCGAGCCCUGCUCUUUGGGGUCUUCGUUUUCACGGAGUUUUUGGACCCAUUCCAGAGAGUCAUCCAGCCGGAAGAGAUCUGGCUCUACAAAAAUCCUUUGGUGCAGUCCGACAACAUACCUACCCGCCUCAUGUUUGCAAUUUCUUUCCUCACACCCCUGGCUGUUAUUUGUGUGGUGAAAAUUAUCCGGCGAACGGACAAGACUGAAAUUAAGGAAGCCUUCUUAGCGGUGUCCUUGGCUCUUGCUCUGAAUGGAGUCUGCACAAACACUAUUAAGUUAAUAGUGGGAAGACCUCGCCCCGAUUUCUUUUACCGCUGCUUUCCAGAUGGAGUGAUGAACUCGGAAAUGCACUGCACGGGUGACCCUGAUCUGGUGUCCGAGGGCCGCAAAAGCUUCCCCAGCAUCCAUUCCUCCUUUGCCUUCUCUGGCCUUGGCUUCACGACCUUCUACUUGGCUGGCAAGCUGCACUGCUUCACCGAGAGUGGGCGGGGGAAGAGCUGGCGGCUCUGUGCCGCCAUCUUGCCCCUGUACUGCGCCAUGAUGAUUGCCCUGUCCCGUAUGUGUGACUACAAGCAUCACUGGCAAGAUUCUUUUGUCGGUGGAGUCAUUGGCCUCAUUUUUGCCUACAUUUGCUACAGACAGCACUACCCCCCUCUGGCCAACACAGCUUGUCACAAACCCUACGUCAGCCUCCGGGUCCCGACGUCGCUGAAGAAGGAGGAGCGGCCCACCGCUGACAGUGCGCCCAGCAUGCCUCUGGAGGGCAUCACCGAAGGCCCUGUAUGACCAGGGUCUCCGGGGGAUGGACGCUGAGCCCGGGGCACGCUCUCCCGCCCCAUACCCUAAUGCAGUAGAAGAGGUUUUUCUGUAGCGUGUUUCUCAUCCGUUGUUUCUCCAAGUUAUCCUUCUGCUUCCAUCUUGCUGGUGGUAUUCCUGCUACUUUAAAUGUGUCUUCUCAACUUUCUCGAAUUUGCCAAGAGAGGACGCAGGGAGAAUCUGUGAGAGACCUAGGGAA